GUGAGCAACAUAAGAAACGUACAGCGCUUCUUCCCAUUGGCUCACGUUUGUCUAGAAACUUUCCAGAUUUUAGUCACGUAGGCACAGAAAUCUGCCAACGUGUUCAUUGCUUGAAUGAUUCUAUAUUACCACUGUUACGUGGAUUUGGAAGUACAACUACUGGACUACUAAACUAGAAUACUAGGACGUCUAGAUCUAGAUCUAGCCUAAAUCUAGACUCAUUCAAUUCAUUGGAUUGGCUAUUCUUAAUUGUAUAACUAGGACUGUCUGUCACUAGGUCUAGGGCCAGGGGAGCAACAGCUACUGUGACAAAUUGAGAAGGACAGUCAUGUAUUCCCUUAUUUUCUUAGUUUUCCUUCUGGUUCAAACUAAGGCAGAACUGUUCACCUCAAGCGCUCACUUACAGACAGCAUUGUAUGCAGAGAGAGAUAUUGCAGAUCUCCUGAAAUCUUACAUUCAGAGAGAAGAAGACAGGUUGUCUAGGAUCAAACAACUGGCUGAAGAUUAUGAAGAGCACAGCAAACUGGCUUUGCAGAACCUGGACAAGUAUCUUGGAAACCCCAUCAAUGCUUUCCUCUUGAUCAAAAGGUUCACACUGGACUGGGACCGAGAUGUUAUUCCUGUCUUGGUCAACAACAGUUGGGAUUCCAUGUACAAAGAAAUAGAGCAGGUGCGGUCAGACUUGCCAAGCCAUGAGGAUCUGAAAGGGGCUGCCUCUGCUCUGAUGCGUCUGCAGGACACUUACCAGCUGGACACUUCUAAGGUGGCCCAAGGAGAUCUGAGAGGAAUAGUCUCCCCUGUGUUAUCAGCCGAGGAAUGCUUUGAGCUGGGCCGCCUCUCUUAUAACCAGGGUGACUACUACCACACUAUGCUGUGGAUGGAGCAGGCCUGGGACAAGCAGGAGAAGGCUGGGGGUGAAGGGAGCAAAGAUUUUUUGGAAGACCUGGAAGACGCAAAAGUUGAAAUCUUAGAUUACUUAGCAUUUUCUUAUUAUAAGCUGGGUGAUGUGGCUCAAGCCCUGGAACUUACCAAGGAACUUUUAACCUUAGAUCCUAACCAUGAGAGAGCAUUGAAUAAUAAAAAGUAUUUUGAAGCAAUGCUUCGUGACGAGCCCAGGAAGACAAGAUCAGCAGAGGAGAAGCCCGGAUACCAGUUAAAUCGAGAUGAGUACAGAAAUUCAGAGGAGUUUCUGACUUAUGAGGCUUUAUGUCGAGGAGAAACUACCAUGCCUUUGAAAAAUGCCCAUCUAUUGACCUGCAGAUAUGUCACCAACAAUCACCCUCUAUUAUUGAUUCAGCCAAUCAAGGAAGAGACUGUUCACCUGGAUCCCUGGAUUGUAGUAUAUUACAAUGUAAUGAGUGAUGAGGAGAUUAGCACAAUUAAACAUUUGGCUACCCCAAGGUUAAAUAGAGCAACAGUGCAAAAUUCUAAGACUGGAGCUUUAGAGACUGCCAACUAUAGAAUUAGUAAAAGUGCUUGGCUUCGUGGAGAGGAGCACCCAGUUGUGGAGAGACUUAAUCAAAGAAUGGAAGCUAUCACUGGAUUGGACUUAAAUACAGCUGAAGAGCUGCAGAUUGCUAAUUAUGGAUUAGGUGGUCAUUAUGAGCCUCAUUUUGACUAUGCAAGGAAAGAAGAAAAAGAUGCUUUCAAGUCUCUGGGAACUGGUAACAGAAUAGCCACUUUUUUAAACUAUAUGUCUGAUGUUGAGGCUGGUGGUGCUACAGUAUUUCCUUACCUUGGAUUGAAACUAUUUCCUAGAAAGGGCAAUGCAGCAUUCUGGUAUAACUUGUACAAAAGUGGGGAAGGCAUUUUUAACACACGCCAUGCUGCCUGUCCAGUGCUGGUUGGCUCCAAGUGGGUGGCCAACAAGUGGAUUCAUGAAAGAGGCCAGGAGUUUAGGCGCCCCUGCAGCUUAAGUGAAUAUGAAUGACAGCAAUUAGAUUCCUUUUAACAUAAACUUUUAAAGAAAUUCCUUAUGAGCGAUGUCAAAACCACUAUUAUAUUUUUACUUUCUUUUUGUAUGAAUUAUUAGAUGAAAGUGUGUCACUGAUUGUAAUUCUGUUCAACUAAACCACUGAGUGAUAUGUAUUCACUUAGACUCUUUGGAAGAACAUUUUCAUGAAGUUAACUUUGUUCAAGCUGUCUUUCUUCUCUUUUAACUUAUACAGACAUGGCUGUGUAGUAGAAUCAACAUUUUUCCGUCCAGUUUUGAAAAUUGAUUCUACAUUCUGUCUUUUUUUUGGAAGGCUUUUUUUUUAAAAUCUUAGAUUUGGUAAAACAUCAAUUUAUUUGGAUAAAAUUGUGUUGACAUAAUGCAUGAUUUAUAAAUUGUGCUAAGAAAAUGUUAUAUCUAAAAAAAUUCUGUCCUGUAGUUCUUUGCUUUCAGAAGCUCUGAAAUUUCUUUACCUGAAAUGCUACCACUAUGUAGAGUUUUAUUGUGCUCUAGUUUUAGAUUUUUUAAAAUGCUAGACAUUGAUUGUCAUUGCUUUCAUUCCAAAUGUGUGUAAAACAAAAAAUGUGACUCAUUUUCAUCUGCUGAACUUUGAACACAGUCCAGGUAAAAUUCUUAUAUCCAGCUACUAGUUAAUGUCAAGUUUCCUCAAGUCUCCACAGUCAUGAAUUCUCACAGACCUACUUAAGGGUUGAUUUGUUUUUGGAAUAGUUUUAUUCAAACUGAGACAGUCAUUUCAAAUGUGUGACAUGUCAGUUUGACCAUAUCAGAAAUUGUUGUACAUUGAGAAACAUAUUGUGAAUUUUGUAGAAGCUUUUCUUAGAACUUCAUGCCAUGUUUGUGAAAUUUUACUGUUACUUCAAUGUUUGUGACCACAUGAACAACACAUUGUUAGGUUGUACUCCCUAAACUGGAUUGGUUUUUUUUGUUUUUUGCAUAGUUGAGCCUCAUUUAUUGAAUUUCUAUUGUGAACAAUUUUUUAAAAUACAUUGUUAUACAUUUUUUAUACUAGACCUGCUGAAUAUUUGUAUUUGACUCUUGUGAUUAGCACUGCUGAAGUUUUCUUAUAGAGUUUUAACUAGGCUCAAUCUUUUAUCAUGGUGCUAUGUUGCUGAUCUAUAUUGUUGAAUAUUUUGAUAUGAAUGAGUUUUCAGAUAUGUCCUUGAUAAGCUGUUAGCCAAGUAAUUUUGAUAUAAGCAUUGUGUAAGAAUUGGAUUGAUUAAAAUAUUUAGACUUUACUUGGUAAGCUAAUCAAUUAGUUACUUUAAUUAAAUGAUAUUCACUUUAUUUGGCCAUUUUGCUUUCAGUCUUAAUAAUUGGCUCAUUGCUCAGCAGCCUAUGUAGCAUCACUGUGCCAUAAAUCAAACUUUAUUCAGUUCAUGUUCUUCAUUGUGUGUUUUGUGUUACUAACUUCAAUAUUCUUAAGUGCAAAUAAACUGAAAGAAAAAUGCUCUAUAAUUUUUUAGCCAACAUACUUGCACUACUUUCCAUUUGCCUUAAUUACCAAAGAGAAAAUGUGAGAAAAAAAAAAAUCAAAAUUAAGUAUCCAAUGUCACAAAAUUUGGUUUUGUUCUUGCUUGAGUGUUAUGGAAAGUGAGUAAUCAUGUACAUGGUUAAUAUUUUGUACUGAUGCCAGAACCAUGUAGUAUUUUUCCAUUGACUUUGUUUCAGUUUGUUUUCCCAUAGAUAAUUUAUGCAUAUUAUUAAGGAUAAUGGAAAUGUGUGUGGUAAAAAAAAAGCAACGGUGAUUACAAAUGUUGUGCAUCAAGGAUUGGCCUCUUUAGUCACACAAGAAGUUGCAAAGGGAAAAGAUCGUCUCUCUCGGGAGAGAUGUAAAAUGCAUGCCAUAGAGAGAAUGGAAAUGUGUCCCAUCUUUAUCUUCUUUACUUACAGGUGUGAGCUGCUUGUAAAUUGAUUACUCUAGUAAACAGCUAGUUAACAUUAUUUCUAAGGAUGUCACACCUUUUAAGAAAAAGUUUUUUUUCCAAGAGAAAUAUCUUUGUAAAAAAAAUGUGUUCAUUUAGAUGUUUAUUAUAUGAAUUUCUUUUCUAUUUUUAUAAUAAUACAAUUUCCAUUUACACUUUUUUUGUUUCUAUGUUAUGAUGUCAGUAUCAGCUAGUUUAUUGUAGUUUAUAGUUAGAUUGGUAAGUGUCUUGCUGUUAAUGUGACAGUAAUGGUACCAUGAUUAUUUAUUGUACAUUUGACUAUUUGAUCCACAAAUAAUAUUGUUAUGUUUUUUGUAGGAGCUUUUAUGAAUGAAACAUGAUAUCUUUUUAAUAUACAUCCAUCAUUUGAGGAUGUUUGCAUUUGCAGUGUCCUUUUUAUAUGACCUAAAUCUCCACUUUUCAUAGGCUAGUGAAGUAGUGAUCUGACCUAGGCCAGGGGUGUGAUUACUUUUCAAAACAAGAGUUCUUUUUUUGUUGCUGAUUAAAGUUCAAACUGGAACUUUUUGCUAAAAGAAUUGAAUAUUUUGUAUUCCAUUCCUUUAACUUCCUAAGCAGGGGUACAUGAAUAGGCACAUAAUUUGUGAGACAAACUUGCUUCCAUACUUCAUAGGUUGAAAAAGGUCCCAUGGUCAACCAGUCUAUAGCAAUAUUCUCUUGUCUUCCACUGUUAACAUAAACUUGAUUUUUUUUUACUUCAUUUUAUCAAGAGAACAAACAUUGAGCACUUUGUUUUAUCUUCUGCUAGUAUUCUAAAAAUCCGAAUCAAAUAAAAGAUCCAAACGAAA